AGGCGUGAUAAUACGAUCGUUUCUAAAUGUGAUCACAAGCACAUUAAGUAAUGUUUAAACUAUUGUUAACUCUUCAAGUGAUAUAUUAUUAGUUGAACGCCAUAAUUGUAUCGUGAGUGACGUUUGUUCAUUUAAUAUUAUACAAGCAAUUAUCCGAUCCUAUAAUAAUGACGAACUGUAAAGAUAUAUUAUGUGACUGUCUCAAAAGGGUUGCAAAGGAACAAAACUAUGAAAACUGUUCAAUAAUCACAAAAGCUAUUUCCAGCGGAGGAGCAAACUACACCAGCGCUCUGUAUCUUGCUACUAUUCAAGCUCCAGGGAAAGACGACCUUAAGUUGUUCGCAAAAGUUGCUGCGGUCGGUGAGAAAAUAAGAGCAAUAGAACCUCACAAGAUCUACGAAACGGAGAGCCUUUUUUACAAUUACUUACUCAAGAAAUAUAAAGAAUUGGAGGAGAGAAACAAUAUUCCCGCUGAAUAUAGAUUUGUGACCCCAAAAUACUAUGGUGGAUCUGACGAAUAUUUAAAAGAAACCUUUAUUUUUGAAGAUCUUACAGCUAGGGGCUUUACAACACAUGAUAGAUUCAAAUCGAUAGAUUGGGAAUACGCUUCCAAAGCUAUAGAAAAUCUAGCAAGAUUCCACGCACUUUCGAUUGCUUUCUCCGUAGAGGAUCCAGAAGAAUUUGAAGGCAUUAAUAUUUUAAAAGAUCACAGCGACAUUCAAAAGGUGAUAUAUUUUUUAAAAAAUAUAAUAAAAAAUGCAAUUAAAGUAACGAAGGAAGAAAAUCGCGAUCGAUUUGCAAAUUUCCUGAAUGCUUUCUUGGAAAAUAAUGACUUUCACACAUUUGGCCGCUCUCAUCGAAGACCUGUGAUUAACCAUGGCGACUACAGGGCGAGCAACUUGAUGCACCGAACUAAAAACGGGGUAUUAGAACUGAUCUCAGUGGAUUACCAGAUGCUACAAAUAGGAAACCCAAUCGUCGACAUCUUGUUCUUCAUCUUGAAUGGUUCAGACAAGAAAUUCCGGGACCAGUACUUUGAUAAGACCUUCGACUAUUACUACGAUGAAUUAUGUAAGGCUCUCAAGAGAUUUGGUCUUGACCCGGAGGGAUUGUACUCGAGGGAAGACUUCGACAUUGAAGUUAAAAAGGUACUUCCAUUGGGUCUGGUUCAGGCUACCUUCUGUUUACUGAUAGUGACAGUGGAGACGGAUGAAGCUCCGCAGAUGAACCAGGACAUCGCCAUCGAAGACUUCGUUGUAAACCCAAACACUCUGUACACGGAAAGACUUAAUGAUAUCGUUGACGAUUAUAUUAAGAUGGGAAUUAUCUGAGAAUGAUUUCAAACGAAAAUCAAAGAAAUAAAAUAAUUGAUAUUUUGAA